AGCGUGAGAGGGGUUUUGAAAAAAAAAAAUAACCGGUUGAGAAUAGUCUUGGGUUUUCUCCUCGAAUAUUUCGGCGGCCUUGAGUCCCAUCAUGCGUCUUUGAAUCAUUCAAGUUCAGGGCCUACGGUACAUUAAAAUUCCAUUCUCAUAUUUUAAUCCUCAAUGGCAUACUGAUGUGACUAAUUAGAGUGGCUCUCGAAUUUCAUCAAUAAAUGGUGGGGAACAGGUGUCAGGGUGGAACAAAGAGCCGAAAACAACGAGAAAGUAAAAUGGUGAAGAUGUAAGCAUUUCUCAGCUCGUCUUCUCAGCCAAUUUCUUCUCUUUCGUUUCUGUUUAAAAAAAAAAGCGGAAGUUCCACAAGUACAAUGAACAAUGCGUAGUCUUCCCCAUGGCCACUUCCCGUUAUCUUACGCCCCUUCUACACUGAGGCAAUUCAGUGAAAUGGAGUUGAUCUGUUUAUUUCUCGGGGAAAAGUGGAUUUUCAGUGAAUUGAAUUUUUGAAAAAACCUUUUGAAAAAGCGGUGGGUGUGUUUUUUAAAAAAUCCAUCUAAAAAUCCAUCUCUCCACUUGGCACUUCGUCGCGAGGGGGAGAGGUAGCACCAGAGUCCCGAAAAUAGACCCCGAAGAAAAAUGAAAAACUCGAGAAACCAAAAUAAAACAAUAAAAUCAAAGAUAAUUUAAUCUUAUCUCCUGGUCGAUGGGUAGAUGGAGAAUUCAUUUCACACAAACAACGAGUUCAGAGUGAGAACAAGAGUGGUGAAGUGUUCAUCAGCGAUUAAUCGACUCUAGCCCAUUUUUAUUAUUAAAUAUUCACCGAUUGGACUGUAGUGGACUACACCAAUUAGACUAAUCAAUCGACUCCGCGAUAAUCGAGACAUGGAAGACGAGAAAACACGAAAAAAAUCACUAGCUGCUGAAAUAAUGGAGCAAGAUUUGCACGAGAGGGACAGAGUUGGCGUUCAAGAUUUUGUAUUGCUUGAGGAUUUUAACAGUGAAAUAGCAUUUAUCGAUAACUUGAGAAAGAGAUUCAAGGAGAAUCUUAUCUACACGUACAUUGGUCAAGUGCUCGUGUCAGUAAAUCCGUACAAGAGUCUACCGAUUUACAACGAAGCGACAAUACAUUAUUAUGAAGGGAGAAAUUUUUUUGAAGCACCGCCACACAUUUUUGCCCUAGCAGAUACUGCUUAUCGAUCGCUAGCAAAAGAAAACCGAGACCAAUGUAUCCUUAUCUCCGGGGAAUCGGGCUCAGGGAAGACCGAGGCCUCGAAGAAGAUCCUCCAGUUCAUAGCAGCAGCAACAGGUCACAAAAAAAAGGUGGACGCCGUCAACGGAAAGCUCAUUGGCUCGAAUCCAGUGUUAGAGGCAUUUGGAAAUGCCAAGACAAACAGAAACGACAACUCCUCGAGAUUUGGAAAAUACAUGGACAUACAAUUCGAUUUUCACGGUGAUCCCGUUGGUGGGAACAUUCUCAAUUACCUCCUGGAGAAAUCAAGAGUGGUGCAUCAGUCAUCUGGAGAACGAAAUUUUCAUAUUUUUUAUCAGCUUCUGGCUGGUGCAGAGGAUGAAACCUUGAGGAAGCUCUUCCUCAAGCGUAAUCUCGACACUUAUUUCUAUAUCAGCAAUGGAACCAAGGGGACUGUUGAUACGAUUGACGACGUGGGGCAGUACAAACUGGUGAUGGAGGCCAUGAAGACGGUGGAGUUGGGACAGGGCGAGCAGGACGAUUUAUUUGCAAUUGUGGCGUCUGUUCUUCACAUGGGGAAUGUGGGAUUCACUGAGGAUGAGGGAGUCGCUCAGAUACUUAAACCUGCCUCCGUCGAGGCUGUCGCUUCGUUACUGGGGUGUGACGUUAAAAAAUUAGCCAAAGCCUUCACUCACAGAACGAUAAAUGCCCAUGGGGACGUAGUGAUUUCCCCGUUGAACAGGGAAUUGGCUAUUUACGCGAGGGAUGCACUGGCCAAGGCUGUUUACGAUCGUUUGUUCACGUGGCUCGUGGCGAGACUAAAUAAAUCCCUCCAGCCCGAGGUGCACAGGGAAAACGGAGUCAUUGGUAUUCUCGAUAUUUAUGGUUUCGAGAUAUUCCAGAAGAACAGUUUCGAACAAUUUUGCAUUAAUUACUGCAACGAAAAACUCCAGCAGCUGUUCAUACAGUUGACCCUGAAAUCCGAGCAAGAGGAGUACCGGAGGGAGGGCAUCACCUGGGAGCACAUCGAAUUUUUCAAUAACAAAGUUAUCUGUGAUUUGAUCGAGGAGAAGUACAAGGGAAUAAUCUCUCUGAUGGAUGAGGAGUGUUUGCGUCCUGGAGAUCCCACUGAUCUCAGCUUCUUGGACAAAUUGAACUCUAAUCUAUCGAGCCAUCCUCACUAUAUCAGCCACAUGAAAGCUGAUAUCCAGACGCAGAAGAUCAUGGGAAGAGAUGAAUUUCGAUUGGUUCAUUAUGCUGGGGAUGUCACGUACAACGUUCGUGGUUUUCUUGAGAAAAACAAUGACCUCUUGUUCCGAGAUCUGCGAGAAGUAAUGUCUCACACAUCGAACUCAAUAACCCACGCUAUUUUUGAUGUCAAGGAUCUGACGAGUAAAAAACGUCCAGAUACAGCUGUAACUCAAUUCAAAAAUAGUCUCAACAACCUCGUGGAUAUUCUCAUGGGAAAAGAGCCGUCGUACAUACGCUGCAUCAAGCCGAAUGAUUUUAAAAUCUCAGGUCAAUUUAACGACAAAAUUGUUCUCCACCAAGUGAAGUACUUGGGUCUGAUGGAGAACCUGCGAGUGAGACGAGCAGGUUUCGCCUACAGACGACCCUACGAGCAGUUCCUGCAGAGAUACAAGUCCCUGUGCCCCAAAACCUGGCCCUCCUACCCUGGAGAUGCCAAAAAGGGUGUACAGCAUCUCGUGUCUCACCUAAACUACUCCGAGAACGAGUAUCAAAUGGGAAACACGAAAUUAUUCAUCCGCUUCCCCAAGACCCUCUUCUCAACUGAGGACGCCUACCAACGGAAGAAGAACGACAUAGCAGCGAUAAUCCAGAGCAAAUGGAAGGGCAGAGUGCAGAGACAGAAAUACUUGAGGAUGAAGUACUCGGCUAUAAUUAUCCAGAAGUACAUGAGACGCUGGAGGGCGAAGAGAGUGGCUGAGAGAAGGAGAAAAGCAGUUCUGACGAUCAGGAGAUUCGUCGAGGGCUUCAUCACGAGGAAUGGCCCACCAACGGACAUCAAUGCAUCAUUCAUCGAGCUGGCAAAGUCUCAGUGGCUCCUAAGGCUGGCGAGAAAUCUCCCCAGGGGUGUUCUUAAUAAUUACUGGCCACCCUGUCCUUAUGCCUGUCGAGAGGCGUCCGAGCAUCUCAAGCUAAUUCACAAGAGACACAGGGGCCGUCUGUAUCGGCUAGGCCUGUCCAGAGAUGACAAGAAACAAUUCGAGCUCAAAGUACUUGCUGAGAAAUUAUUCAAAGACAAGAAGAAGUCGUACGGCAAGAGUGUGGGCCCCAGGUUCAUCGAUGAACGACUGGGCAAUGAAUUUUGCACUUUGAAACAGAAUUUUAUUGCCACUGUCCUACCCAGUGGGGAGAACAUCAAGUACUCUACACCUGUAAUCAAGUACGAUCGUCACGGGUAUAAGCCACGAGAAAGGGUAUUGAUUUUAACGGAAAAGGCUGUUUACAUUCUCGAUACUGGGAAAUCGCUGAAGCUCAAACAUCGAUUGCCUUAUCAGAGCAUUCAGGAGCUCGUCGUUACUGGGGAGUCUGACAAUCUCAUGAUCGUCAGGAUACCUCCAGAGCUUAAGAAAGAUAAAGGGGAUUUGAUUCUUGAGGUGCCACACAUCAUCGAGGCCCUCACCGAAGCUAUUGACAUCACCAAUAAUCCGAGAAUAUUGAAUAUUGUCAACAAGGAAUCGGUCUCGCACAAACUAGUCAGUGGAAAGGAGGGGACUAUCGAGUUUACGAAGGGGAGCACUCCAGCAAUUACUAAAAAUCGACAAAGUGGCCAUCUUUUAGUGGUUGCCUCUCCAUGAAAUCAUGCCACUCUGCCUUAUAAAAAUGUGAUUUUAGAGGAAGGAUAUUGAAGAGAUAAUAUAUUAAGACCUGGGAGAUGCGAUUCUGGUGCCAUUACACACGAGGAAUAAUUCGUGGCUAAUUCGUGACAAUAUUCUAGGAGAUGUAUAAAUUAUUGGAAGAGCAAUAAAUCAUUAUGUCGAGUUUAAA